AGGCUGCCAUAGUUGUUUUGAAGCAAAGCGUACGGGAAAUGGCUGCGCUCUGCAUUGCGGCAUGAUGUCUGGAGUCCUUUUUUCUAUGAAAACUCAUCAGAAUUAAGUGACCAAGGGGUAAACCAGAUUUUUUGCACAUUUCGUUUUCUAUAAAUUAAGGGGAUAUGGACGGACAUAUGGACGUUGCCCGCGAGGCUGUACUGAAGGAGAGCUGCACCCUGCCCGAGGACAUGCCCAAGAUCAAGGGUUACGACUUCGACCAGGGAGUGGACCUGAAGGCGCUGCUGCAGUCCUACGCCACCACCGGAUUCCAGGCCAGCAGCUUCGCCCAGGCUGUUCAGGAGAUCAAUAAGAUGAUCGAGAAGCGGCUGGAAACAGUUGAGGAAGAGGAGGGCGGCGGCGAGGCCCCCGACCUCCAGCGCCCCCGCCUGGGCUGCACCAUCUUCCUGGGGUACACCUCCAACCUCAUCAGCUCUGGAGUGAGGGAAAGCAUCCGCUUCCUUGUCCAGCACAAAAUGGUGGAUGUGAUCGUGACUACAGCGGGGGGGAUCGAAGAGGACAUCAUCAAGUGCCUCGCGCCCACUUUCCUGGGAGAAUUCAGCCUUCAAGGCAAAGAGCUGAGGGAGAGUGGCAUCAACAGGAUAGGGAACCUGCUGGUGCCCAAUGACAACUACUGCAAGUUCGAGGACUGGCUGAUGCCCAUCCUGGACCAGAUGGUGCUGGAGCAGAAAACCGAGGGCACGCUCUGGACCCCCUCUAAGAUGAUCCAUCGGCUCGGAAAAGAGAUCAACAACCCGGAGUCAGUGUGCUACUGGGCCUACAAGAACGACAUCCCCAUCUUCAGCCCCGCUCUGACCGAUGGUUCCCUUGGCGACAUGAUUUACUUCCACUCUUACAAGAAGCCGGGGCUGGUGCUGGACAUAGUGGAGGAUAUCCGGAGGCUGAACUGCAAGGCCGUGUUCGCCAGACGUACUGGAAUGAUUAUCCUCGGGGGGGGCCUGGUCAAGCACCACAUCUGUAAUGCCAAUCUCAUGAGGAAUGGAGCGGACUACGCAGUGUUUGUGAACACGGGUCAGGAGUUUGACGGCUCUGACUCGGGUGCGAGGCCCGAUGAGGCUGUGUCCUGGGGGAAGAUCCGAAUGGACGCCACGCCUGUGAAGGUCUACGCGGACGCCACUCUAGUCUUCCCCCUGCUGGUGGCCGAGACCUUCGCGCACAACGCCGCCAGACUCGCCGCGCAAAAGAAAGACUGACGUCCCAGCGCUCUUUCCUCUUCUCCUCGUUUUUUAUUCCCCUCCUUUUAUCGGGUUUUGCUGUUUUUUCCUUUCCUGUGCGCUCGUCUCCUUUUCGAACCCUGCGCCCUGCCUCUGUUCUCCGUCCCGUCUGUUCGAGUGACGCCCGCGUACCUCUCACACAGCGGGGCUCUCCCGCGCUGCCGUUUGAGGAGCGUCAGCGCCUGAGAAUUGAUGUGUGCUGACUGGAAAAAUAACUGCACUGUUCAACUGUUAGAGCAGAGCCCUGCGCAGCAUGGCGGGGGUUCUCAGCCCUGAUCCUGUCCUCCUCUGCCUGUCCUCGCUCCCCCGCUCGCUCGCCAUCGCCCCACUCGCUGCCGUCUCUCCUUCUCUUCCUAAUCGUUUCUUCCUCCGGUGUCCGGGCUCGCUCCCCCUCUCGCUCCCUCCCUCGCUCCGUCUUUCUUUUGCGCUCACCUGUGCUCUUGUCCACAGUGCGAACCCCUUUGCUGUCUUAGGUGUCUGCUUCAACACUGUGACGCUCUGUGUUAAUAUGUAUUUUGUAAAUGUUUGUCCUGACUUUGAGGAGGAUUGCGGUGCAGUGAGAUUCUGCUUGAAUGCAGAACUACAGAUGAAUGCUGUGCUAAAUAUCACACAGUACUGGGACAGUACCAAAGAUGACGCCAUUAGCGAGGGAUUUUUAGAGUGGUGUGCAUUCUUUUUAUGGUUUUAUUUGUUGUGUAAAACUUCAGGGAAUCUUACAGCAUAUUUAGGCUUGAUGCUGCUGGUUUAUUUUUGUUUUCUAAAUGAUAUAUUUUUGUUAUUUACCUAUGAAAGAACCCGGCUGUUUUACUGUCAGCAUGCUCAUUGCUCCACAUAUGUACUACUAGAUAAUCCCGUUUACGGAGUUAAACCACAUAAAAUGUAAAAAAUGGAAAUGAAUAUUGAGAUCUCAUCCUAGAAAUUAUAUGCUAGAAUAAAAAAGGACAAUUUAAAAAAAA